CCUUGUUAUUCCGUAGAAAAAGACCAAGUCGUGUCGUUUCUUGUCACCUUCUUUCAGUGAAACCGGCGCGUGCCGCGCCUGGAUGGAAUUUGUUUGUCUUUCUUUCAACGCGGUGCGUCUCACAGACGGACCGAAACCGCCAGGAACCCAGGUUUGCUGCGUUUCUUCACCGAAGGUGAGGCAAGCUCGUCUGAACAUCUUUAACCGCAUGUAGGAUUGCCGGUUGUUUGCAACUUCGCCGUCUUCCCGACCGUACUUGCAGCUCCUGAGCCCUGGCGCUCCUUACUUGUGACCUGCUGCUCAAGCGCCGGUACAAGGUUUAGUGUAAACCGACCGAGUUUGCGUCGCGAGUUUUCCAGUUUACCACCAUUGCUUCCUUUUCCUUGUCCAGUCCUGAAAUGGCAAGUGAAGAGGGCAGGGACACGGUGUUGCCGAGCCAUGCUCUUUCUGGAUGUCCGUCGCCGCCUGACGCACUGCCUCUCUCCUGCGGCACUUGCAUCGCAUGAAUCCCUCGCCGGUCGAGACGUCUAACAGUUUUCCUCUGCAGACUUGGAAACACCUAAGCAUUUGCGUAGUUUUUCACAGCGCCUUCUGACACAUUGCGACGUUAGCCCUCGACGCUACGCUUUCGCCACAAUGCUGGCCGGGUUGCGGUUCGACAAAACUCCGUCGAAGAAGAAGAAGCAGAAGGGAGCUCGAGACGCGGAGAGAUCUCCCGGACGUGACGAUGUGAGGGAAUCGGAUGCGAAGGUGUGUGGAGAAAAAGAAAUCGCAUCGAAGCCUUCAGAAAAACGCAGCUUGUCGCCGUGCAGAAUUGUCCCGAGGGAGCAAAGCGCGAACGACCACGGUGCGGCGCGACGAGAGGGCGAUGGAGCCUCAAGAAUUCCGGGAAGUCGCUCUGACAGUCGUCCUCGUGAUUUUGAACAAGAACGAAAGACAUCUUUCCUCGACUCUUCUACGCACCACGGCAUCUCUCCGGUCGCAGCUGCGCGAGAACUCAAUCCUUUUCUCCGGCUCCCUGAUGCAUCCUCGACAGAGAAAGACGCAGAUGCUAGGACUUCUCCGCAUCCCUUCGCAGUUCUUGCCCCCACGGCCGACACCUGGCGCUCUGCCCAGACGUGGCGCGCUCGGCAGCUGCGCCGCCUGCAGGAGCGCGCGGCGAACAUGGGAGACACGACAGUUGCCCGUUUGUUGGAAGAGCAUGUCGGCGAUAGUGGGAGUCUCGUUCCCGGUUUCGAGGUUCUCCCUGAUACAGCUUCCUCUCCGCCUUCUUCGCGUCCGUGGAGUCGCCGCGUGCGGGAGUCGAGCGAUUCUCGAGGAGAUCGAGGACGCUCUUCGUUUCGCCCGGACGAGGAGCGAGGGAACUGUUGCAGUCCUUCGAGCAGGCGGGGAGAAGCACACAGGGAGACAGACACUCCCCUGACCCGUGCGUCUGGUUCUCGACUGCCUUCUGCCUCUUCGGGAUUCGCGGCGUCUCACGGGCGAGGCGGCUGGCGAAAACAGGCAUGGAGAGAAAGCGAGCGCUUCUUGGAGAGCGGGCUGAGCGAAGAAGGCGGCUCUGGCGACCGCCAGGGAGACCAAAGGGUGACGCGUUUCGAGUUUUCACGCUCGCGAGAAGAGAAGGAGACGAGCAGAGAGGAGAGUCGAGGCAAAAGACCUGCCUUGCGCUCACCUCCGCGGCCACCUUCGUCGGCUUUGAGGACAGAACGCUCUGGCGCGUCCUCGUCCAUGCCUGCUCACAGCUUGCCUGCGCCACGCUCGCGGGAAGAAGCUCUCAGUCCCGACAACAAAACCGGACUCUCAGAUCCCUUGUUCCUGGCAGGGUCCCGAGGGGAAGAGCUGACUUCAGAGUCGGCAAAACUCGACAGGGGUGACGCAUCUCAGGUUCCGCCUCCCGCGUUAUCUGCUCCCACAGACCCUCCGUCAGGUCGCCCACCAGCCCCCCCGGCUUCAGCGGACAUGAACAACCUGGCGGCGCAAGCACUGCGGGCGCACCUAUUGGGGGACCGGGCUGGGAGUCGCCGCUUGGAGGGUCUCAUGGCCAGCCGCCAGCUGUCGGCGACAAAUGAGGAGCUCGUGAGGAGCGAGAAGACACGCGCCGAGACAUGCGAAUCAGGCUCGGCCGCCCUACCCCCCUGGCAACGAGCAGCUGCUUGGGGCAGAUUCGCGGGCCACCCGGCUGCAGAAGGCGAAGAGCGAGGGUACCCCAGCGACACCGCAUUCGAUCUCCGGAGGGAGAGAGAUGCGGAGCACACCAACUUCGACCAAGUGUGUGUCGCUGCCGUUCUCAGGAACCGGAUGUACGAUGAAGAUGAUGACGCUGCUGCGCCUAAGGUUUCGGAGAAAAAACGUCGAAUCUUAGAGGAGCGCGACCGCAUGCGUGGACUCCGCCUGAACAAGCAACAGGGGAAGUGCAGCCGGUGUAUCGACACCGAGAACUUCAGCCGCUUUCAUGGCGCCGGCGUCGUCUCGAUGGCCACCCACGCCGUGGUCUGCUUCCAGCCGUGGCGCAAUUGCGUCCUGCGUUCACAUCUUCUCAUCAUCCCGUCGGCACACGUUAGUUCGGUCACAACGCUGGACGACGCGGGCUACGAAGAAAUUCGCAAUUUUCAAAAAAGUCUUGUCACGUAUUUCAAAGAUGCUAGACAAGAAGCUCCGAUUUUCAUCGAAACCGUCUCCCACUUUGUCUCCAAAGAAAAACUCUGGAUGGGCGCAGGCCCUCAUACUGCGGUAGAGGUUCUUCCUAUCCCGGUGGAUCGCCUGUCCGAAGCUAAAACGUACUUUAGGAAAGCAUUUGAGGAAGCAGAAAGUGAAUGGCAGCAGCACAAGAAGGUGAUCGAAGUUCGUGGUCGGGACGGAAUCCGCGCGGCCAUUCCUGCGAACAUUCCGUAUAUUCACGUCGACUUUGCCCUGACUGACGGAUUAGCACACGUGAUUGACGACGGCAGAAGCUUUUCGCCAUCCUUCGGCCGCGAGGUUAUUCAGGGGAUGCUUGAGCUUUCCCCGACCGAUCGAGCCUUCCCCACAGAGCAGGCAUUCAAGAAUACGGUAGCCUCAUUUCGUCGCGAUUUCUCUCGUUUUGACUGGACUGCGACGAACUAGCCGAUGUAAAGACGCCUGAACUUUGCCUCUUUCUGUCACCCCCUCUUUUUUCGCGCUGAUUCCAGAGACGUUGGCGUCUGUUUCCUCGGGUCACGUUACUCCACUUUUUUGAAUGUUCGCAGGGUAGCAUUCCUAGCCCUGGCCCGUAUGCAUGGGAGACAGUGGGGGCUCAAGCCAUGCGCCUCGCUCGUUGUUUUACGCUCUCUCUGGUUGGUUAAUGGAACACGAAUGCUUGUAAAAACGUGUCGGUUGUCAUUAUGGGGAGGUUGAUGCUGAGGAAAAAACUGUCUACGCUGUCUUUGUGAAAGUCAAGCAGAAACCCUGACCCUCACGUUUGUAUAUGUUGUGAAAGAAGCCACGCAGAAGAAAAACCUCGAGAGGCAUUGACCGCAUUCCUCAGCUACCAAUCAACAGUGUAGCUAGCGUUCAGGCAGCGUGACGCAUUUCUCGUGCUAUGAGCGUUAGGUAGCCUGAGACGAAGCUGCGACAGUGCUG